AAUACGUCAAUACAGAGUACAAAGCAAUCUUAACAUUCGUUUUGUCAAUAUUCGUCUUCUUUCAAUCACUUUUGAAUAGCCGUUUCUUUUUUACUGCCCACAAUCAAUAUUCGUAUUUAACAAUUAUACCAUUUAUACAAGAUUAAUUUACUGUUAAUCCUGACUGGACACAUUUUCCCUAACAACGGUUAACAAUACACCUAAAUCAAAACAACAUACAGUAGCUGACCAUAAAGGAUGACCAUAUAUAAAUAAAUUACACAGGUCACAGAUCGAGUAGAUUUGCAGGACCAUCGACGGGCAUUGAACAACAGUGAUUCUUAGUUUCGCAAGUGGGGACAUAUUUCGGUUGAAAUGGCUGGCGAUCUUGAUUUGACUAACAGGGACCCUAACUCACUGAACAGCCAUGUCAAGGUCAGCUUCGAGGAUGUUCUUGGUGAACCGGAAGGAGCGCACUCGAUCGACUGCGUCUGGAAGCUCUCUUACACGUGCUUCACGUGCUGGCUUGGACUCUGUUACAAGCUUUCCACGCUGCUGUGUGGUAUCUGCAUCGCCGCCGAGUGGGGCUGCGAGUUCGCCGAAGUCGCCUUCUACCAUGUCUGGUUCAUCACCCCGAUGUUGAAGAUGUGCGAGAUGAACUGCGCCGUCUGCACGAAGCUCAUGCGCACAUGCCUUUCAUGCUGCGUCGAGCCGUGCUGCGAAUCGUGCGGAGCCGUGUUCCACUACUUCAAGAAAUAAAUAUUAACGUGUAUUAGUUAUCCGAAUUGAAAUGCUUCUCGAAAAAAAAUAAUUGUACAUAUUUUUGGGUUGAUUGAAACGGAUAAUAGAUUUAGAUCUUACCGCUUUCGUUGUCACGAACCUUACUUACAAAUAACAUUGUGUUUUAACAACAUAUCCCGGAUUUACUAUUUAUAUUUUAAGUUUUUCUAUU